AUGAGUUGGCCACAAUAUUUAUCACAAAAUUUUCACACAGGCGUGCAAUCAAAGCCAAUGGACAUCUUCUUUAUUGUUGGACCAGACGGAGAGUCGUUGAAGUGGUUGGAAUCAGAGGCUAAUGUAAAGAUUUAUGUGGAUCUCAACACUAUCUCGUACACGAUUUCAGGAACCAAACGAGAUAUUCGUAAAACCAUGGAAAUAAUAAAGAAAUUGACGACUUACACUACCAUAACUGUAGAACUUCCUUCACAUAUCAAAGGAGAGAACAAAACUUUGAAAGAGUUGAUGCCUUAUGUUCAAGAUAUUUGUAGGACUUCUGGAGCAUUCAUCGAACUUGAAAGCAACAAUAAGAUAACCAUCUCCGCACAAACUCAACGUAAUAUCAAAGAAGCGCAGAGACUGUUGAACAUUGCAUGGAUGCAGCCUGAUCAAAACGAAAAUCACUUGAUAUUAUAUAGCAACAAGCGGGAGACUUCAAAGUAUUGCUUUUUGCCUGUUCACGAUAUAGUGACAUUACCCAUGUUUCACCGGAACAUGUAUUGGCACCGUCUUGCAGAAGUCACGAAAUCGGAUGAGGAACCUACCGUGCAUAAUAAGCUAUAUAGGUUGCAUGAGAGUAAAAGUGUCAUAAAGGAUCCAGUAUCUUGGUCUAUCUAUUCGAAGACGGAAGCAGAUGAGAUGGACUUCAAUAAACUUGGAAGUUUCUUGAGAACUCAUUUAAACACGGGAAGGACCCCUAAUGCUCGACUCGAAAUUGUUUCAACUUUUGGAUAUAACAUUUUUCACGACAAGACAAAGUCAAUGCAAAAUAUAUUUUUACCGCCAUUAGAAGGCAGUCACUCGCGUGAAAUUAUAGGAAAGUGGUAUGAAACAAAAAAUCCGACAAAAUUGUUUCUUCCAAGUUAUCCACAACCGGAUCUGUUGGAAUCACUGAAUCAACUUUCAGAGUCUCAGACGAUGGUUCAAUUGGACUAUCUGCCGUAUCAAACAAAUGCCUCUGAUUCGAUUUGUUUGACAUCUGAUCGCUUGAGCUUCCGUUUCGACGUGAUCAAUAAGAGUCUUAGAUUAAAUGACUUUUCAAUAUAUAAACGACGUCUUUUGGUGGAUAUCUUGAUGAUGGACUGCCCAAAAGAUAUUCGACUACUGUCUUCGAUAAAGGAAUCUUUGCUUGGUAGUCAUGACAUUACGCAUUUUGUCAGUCAAUGUAAACUUUACAAUUCUCGAGAUAUUCAAUGUCCAAAGGAGUAUGUGCUCGAAAGUAAAUCAUCCUCAAUCCCAUACACUUUGGAAAGUGCCAGGAUACACAGAAAUGGAUAUUAUGAAUAUAAUGGAUUCGUUUUGGCCGUAAAAAAAGUUGCAGAACAGGAAACAAAUAUUGUUAGACCCGAAGUUUCGUUACUCUACGAACCUUCCAUAAAACCACCAUCCUCUCCAGCGGCGCCAAAUGAAGUUCAAAAUCAUGAGGAUUUCAAACACUGGAAGAAUUUUAUUUUUUCGGCGAUCAGGAUCGCCAAUUCUUAA